AUCAGAAAUUGGUUCCUAUAUAGGUAAUAUUAAAUUAGAUUUUGAAAAGAAAUUUUUUAUGAAUAUUAACAAUGAAAAUCAUUUAGGUAUAUUUGAAUUAUAUGAUGAUACAAAUCAAAAUUUAUUUCGUAUUGAUGAAUACAAUGGGAAAUUAUUUGUUGCAUCACGUAUUGAUCGUGAAACUUUAUGUCCACAACCUGAAGAAUUCAAUGACUUAUUAACUAAUAAUAAUCAAUAUUUGAUGGCAUCAUCAUCAUCAUUAUCGUCGUCGUCGUCACCUAAAAUUAUGGACAGUACAUUCAAUGAAAUUACAACAAAUGAAUGUCAAAUUCAUUUAACCGUAUGUAUAUCACGUAUACAUUGGAUUAAUAUUAUUAUUAUUAUACAUGAUAUUAAUGAUCAUACACCAUAUUUUCCAUUCACUUCUACAUCGAAUCAAAAUAUAACAGAAAAAUCUAUAUAUAUUGUGAAUGUCUCUGAAUCUGUUAAUAUUGGUUAUGAAAUACCAUUAGUUCUUGCUAAAGAUCCAGAUAAAGGUAUUAAUUCUAUUCAAUCCUAUACUUUACGUGGUAAUGAUUUUCAAUCAUCAUUAUUUUCAUUAUCCUAUAAACCACCAUAUCAUUUAAAUCUUAUUAUAUUAGGUGAAUUAGAUGCAGAACUGAAGAAUAAUUAUACUGGUGAAUUGAUUGUAUGUGAUGGUGGACAAAUUAUUCCAAAAUGUUUUCAUCAACCAUUUCAAUUACAUAUUACUGAUGUGAAUGAUAAUAAGCCAAUAUUUAAUCAAUCCAUUUAUGAUAUUGAAAUUUUCGAGAAUAUUCCAAUGAAUUCAACAAUCAUUAAAUUAAAUGCAACGGAUGCAGAUUCUAAUCAAAAUAGUAAAUUAUUAUAUAAAUUUGGUCGACCAUUAAGUCAAUCAUCAUUAGACCAUUUCAGAAUUGAUAAUAAUACUGGUGAAAUCUAUUUAAAAACAUCAUUGAAUGCUAAAGAAAAUACUGUAUUUAUUUUACCAAUUAUAGUACAAGAUAGUGGUAUAUUACCAUUAAUUGGUCAAACAGUAGUUCGUAUCACUGUUAAAGAUACUAAUGAUCAUGAUCCAUGGAUUGAAAUCCGAUCAAUACAAGAGGGUAAUUUACAUAAGACAUCAGUUGAUAAUAAUAAUAUUAGUAAAGUUAAUUAUAGUGAUCAUGAAGCUCAUUUAUCAAUAAGUGAAAAUCAACCAGCUGGGACGGAUAUUGGUUUAAUUAUUUCUGGUGAUGAUGACAUUGGUGAAAAUAGUAUAGUAUCAUGUAGUCUAAAAUCUAAAACUCAAGAUUUUAAACUUGAACACGCUAAUUCAGCUAAAGGACGAGAAAUCUACCGUCUAAGUACAACUAAAUCAUUUGAUCGUGAAACUGUGAUAGAUGGGAUCAUUAAGAUUGUUAUCACAUGCCAAGAUAAUGGUAAACCAAGUCGAACAAGUGAACAAACGAUCUUAUUAAAUAUAUUGGAUUUAAAUGAAUACAGACCAACGUUUACUCAAGAAAAUCGAGUUAUCAAUCACAUUAUGCCGGAGAACCAACCAAUAGACACUAUUUUAUUACAAGUUCACGCCAGUGAUGCAGAUUCUACUCCAGAAAUACAAUAUCAUAUAUCAAGUGAAGCGCAAUCAUAUUUUUACAUAGAUCCUGACACUGGUGUGAUAACUACAAGAGCUAUAUUAGACAGAGAAACUAUGCCUCAAAUUAGAUUUCUUGUUUAUGCCACUGACAACUAUUCAUCUGAAAUAGUUCAAGGCAAUCAUGUAGCUGUUGCAAAUUUUACUGUUCACCUAACUGAUAAAAAUGAUAACAGUCCAGAACUCAUCGGUAGUAAAACUUUUCAAAUAGUCGAAAAUCGUCCUGGUUUCUCUGACUUAGUUGGUCAACUCACUUCGAUUGAUCAAGAUGAUGGAAAUAAUGGAACAGUACACUAUAAAUUGAUAUCAGCCAGUGAUAGUAAAAAUAAUCGAAUCCCUAAUGAAUUGUUUAUGAUUAAUAGUGAUACUGGAAAAAUAUUCGCUACAAAGAAACUUGACAGAGAAGAAAAUAGUCAAUACGAAUUGGUUAUCUUAUUACAUGACCUUGGAACACCAAUUCAACGUAGUUCAACAGCAUCUGUCAUUGUUAAUGUAUUAGAUGAAAAUGAUAAUAUUCCACAGUGGGAAGAAAUCUUACAAGCUUCUGAAUUUGCAUCACCUCAACAAAUUAACAUUCUCAAACGACCACAUAUGAUCGGUUUAAGUAAAGUAACAGAAUUAGGAAUGAUGAAUAUAACUACACCAAUUUAUCGAGGACAACAAAUCCUUAUUUUAUCGGCUAAAGAUCCUGAUGAUGCACAUAAUGCAAAUUUAACAUUUCAACUAAUUAGAGUUCACUUUCUUAAGAAUGAUUAUAUACAAAGUGAAGAUAUAGUUUCAUAUAACAAUAAAAUUCACUCUACAAAUUCUUACACCACAUCAUCAGUGAAUUCACCAUAUUUUGUGGUAGUUAGUAAAACCGGUGAAUUAAUUGCUGGUCCUGGUCAAAAAGGUAUUGGAUUAACUGAUAGUGGAAUAUAUGAAUUAUAUCUACGUGUAUGUGAUAAUGGAAAUCCUCCCUUAGAUUCAGAUGCACGUUUAUUUCUACAAGCGCAUCAAUCAUUAAAUUCAGCUUUUGAUGAUAAAUUUGGUGAAAAAGGCUUUCUAGGAUAUUUAUUGACAAAUGGUCAUUUAGGUAUUAUGUUAGUUAUAAUUCUAUUGUUAAUUAUGUGCCUUACAUCAGUUUGCCUUAUUAUUGUAUUCAUUUCAAUCCGACGAAGAUCAAGUCGUCAACAACAACGUCAAGCUAAUCGAAAAUUGUUAAAAUAUGAUAAAAACUCUUAUCCACUACAUUUGAAUGGUGAAUUAAUUGUUGAAGAAAAUAUCAAUUCAGGCGGUACAAUUAGUAAUUAUGGUAAAUUGUACCAUUCACCUAUUAUAAAUACAAUAUGUCCUGUAGAUGGUGAAAGUUUAUACAAAUGGAACCCAGAAUGUGGUUAUACGAUGGGAAAUUUCGGUCCACCACCGAUUUAUAAUUUUUGUGCAUUGAAUACAACACUGGAUAGAAUGCGAUCUAGUCAUACUGAUAGUGAUAAAAGCAGUUCAGCAUUAAUGUCAACUGAAUUCCCAUGUUCGAUUAAUCAUUACUGUGAAGAAAGACCAAUGAUGAAUGGAGAACAAACAAUUAAUUAUGGAUUUACAUCUCCACUUGGAACAAUACCAAAAUCUGAUGGAUUAGGAUUUAAAAAUCCCAGUAGUUAUACUGAAACAUGUUUGAUUCCUAAAACGAUACAAUCAGAACUAAAUUGUCAACUUCAUAUGAAUGCAACAGUUUCAGAAAUUGAUGGAGGAAGUGCUGAUUCCGGACAAGGAGCUAGUGAAGAAGAACCUGUGAAUCAUGAGUUAUCAAAGUUUCGUUUAAAAUAUACACGUCCUUAUAAUUCAAAAGAACUUUUACUAACCAAAACACAAUGUAGUCCAAUAUCAUCACCUAAUGGUUGCCUAAUUGAUAGUCCUAUAAAUAAAAAUGAGAAUCAUUGUUCUAUAAAUGAAUCAAAUCUUUGUACACAGACCAAUUUACCUACUAUGAAUACAUUUACAAAUCAUCGAUCAUCAUUAAAUAAACAAUUUAUUUAUGCAAUACAUAAUAGUAAUUCAAUUAAUUCACAACGUCAAUCAUUAGUUUCAAAUGAUAUAUUACAACCUAGAUGGCGUAAACCAUUAUUUAGUAAUACUGAUUUAGGGCAUCAUAAUCAUUUAUUUGAUGAAUUUCCAUUAACAAAAAUAUCAACUAAGAACUAUUCAUUAACACUUCCAUUAAACAAUAAACCAUCUGAUGAUUUGGAACAAAAUCAUUCAACAAAUCCUCAUAUUGAUCUAACUAAAUGAAAGUUUUAUGGUAACAAACAACAAAGAUUUAAUUAUUUAUACUGGCUAACUCUAUUAUUAUCAUUGCCAUAUUCUGUAUUUAUAUUGUAUUCUCUAAAUUAUUGGAGUAUGAUCUAGUCAGUUUACUUAUGUAAAACAUGUCAAGUCAACAUAACAAUAUCAUAAUACAUUCCAGUAUUUGCAUUUAUUUUCAAGUUACUUUAAAUUUUAAUAUUAAUUAUCUUUUAAUUAUCUUUAUUAUUAAUUUUUACUAAUACUACUUAUAAAGUUUAUUUAUCUUACAUUCGAUAUUCAUUCCAUAAUCAAAUAGAACUGAUGAAAUACAAUUUACUUUUGUUAGUUCUUGUUUAACUGUAAACAAACUUAUGUAUUGAAGUGUGUGUGUGUGUGUGUUUCUUUUCAUUUUUACUUUCUAAUAUCGAAUUCCUUUAAUCAAUAUUAUUCAAUAAGUGGAAUCAAUCAGUUGUGAUUGUUCUUGUCAAUAUUACAGAUAACCUACUGAAUUAAACAUUAUCCGAGAAGAUUAGUGAAUGAAUGUAAAGUAGUUCAAAUAGUCAUUAGAACUUAUCAAUUUCAAUAAAAAGUAUUAUAAGAAUCAAAGUCUUAUCUAAAUGUAAAAUAUUUACUAACGAUUGUAUUACAAUACUGUGUAAUUUGAUUCAGUUGAUGAAUGAAGAUCGUGUAUAAUGUUACUCAAAGCAGUCAUGUGAGACAUUUCCACUUUAUUAUCGUCUUUUUUUAUUACGAAAAAACCAAUCCUGACCCUUCUUUAUGGGAUAUAUAUAUGAGAUACAAUUUUACUCUUAACUUAAAACUGCAUCCAUUUUACUCCUUUGAUCGUUUUGUAUUUCAAAUUAGAACUGAUAAUUCCAUGAAUACGAAUGUUGUAUUUGAAAUGAAUAAAACACAAGAGAUUUAAAGCUUUUGUGAAUACAAUGACUAUUUAUUAUUAUUUGUAACAAUUUGUAUUAUUAUGUUAUUCAUAUUCAUAAUUAUAUUGAAUCAUAAUAUAGGUUAUUUGAUUGAA